AUGAAGGAUAAGUCACUAUUUGAAGGGACCGAUGAAUCUUUGCCCCUUGAGGUCAUUGCUAGUGCGCUUCACAUGGAUGAAAAGGAAGCAAAAGACAACUUAGAGACCAAAGGGAAUGCCAAAGGGUUUUCACUAAGUUUUCUUUUGGAAAGAGCUCAUACCCUGUUGAAGGAAGAAAGUUGGGAUGCUUGUUACUCUGCUAUUGCAUUGGCUAUCUAUGGCAUCGUCCUAUUCCCUAAUAUGGAUGGUUUCGUAGACAUGACUGCCAUUUGUGUUUUCCUUACUGGGAACCCAGUAGCCACUUUGUUAGCCGAUGUCUAUUAUCACAUAAGUCAUAGGUAUACUAAGAAGACGGGAUUGAUUGCUCGUUGUGCUCCUUUAUUGUAUCAGUGGUUUCUGGAACGUCUUCCAAAGACAGGUGCUUGGGUUGAACAGACAGAUGUUAGUUGGCCUCAGAGAUCGGGAUCACUCCGAUCUGAAGAUCUCUCUUGGUACUCCAAAGAAUAUAUCAACGUAGACAUCAUAUUCAGUUGUGGAGAUUUCCCAAAUCUACCGCUCAUUGGGACUCAAGGAUGUGUAAAUGCUAAUCCAGUUCUAUCUCUCAGACAACUUGGCUACCCAAUGGAAGACCCUAUAGAGGCAAAUUCUUUGGAAGCUUUCUUAUUACUUGACUUUGGGGUUUAG